AUGGAAUCGUUAGAAAUCCAUUCAAAAUCGUUUCUGAUCAAAUGGGUGAAUGCUCCUAGUAAUUCGACUAUUUCGUGGAAGGUCAAACCGACCAAACGAAGUGUCAAUUUCGGAUUGUGUCGUCAUUCAGGAGAUUCUACUACGUCAUUGACCUCGAUUGGCGAUGGGAGUAGACGGUCUACUUCGUCUGCUUCAGGAGUGACUUUUGAAGAGAAGUUGGCGAAUUCUGGUCUGGAUAAAGUUGCUUGGCAUGGUAGAUGUGAACCUGGUGAGUUAUUGGAAGGCAAUUAUUAUGUUGCUGACCAUGCUGGUGGUAUGUAUGCACUUGUGUUUGACAACAUGUUCUCCAAAACUACUGCCAAGAGAGUUCUGUUUAGUCAACAUAUCGAACAAUUGGGCUUCAACUUCUCAGAGACUUCAAGCAUUGUAACAGGUUCCACAUUGAACUCGUCGGCUCCUCAGACUCCUCAGACUCCUUCAAAUGGAUCUUUAACCCCGAGUAUGGGUACUGUUCCAGUGGGUGGUGGUCAAGGUAGAUCCGGUUCAGUAUCUACAGUUAUGUCUAGAAGAUUAUCAAUCUAUGCUAAUCCUAGUGCUGCCGCUGCUGCUAUUGCUGCUGCCUCUGCUUCUGCCAGUGUAUCUGGUUCUUCUUCAGCUCCUGCUGGUUCUGUCAGUGGAACCGACUCAUCUGCUCAGUCUAUUCAUACUGUGGGUCCAUCUGCAAACGGUUCGUUUGUAAAUGGUAAAAUAGCUAAUUCUUCCACUGGUGCACCUCCUUUGCCUUUAGAACAGCUGUCAAACAACUCGAAUUCCAAUAUUAAUAUUGGUCAAUCGAACAUUUCCAAUGGCAAUGGCAAUGGCCAUGAUAAUGGUAGACGACGGUCUUCUCAUACAGCCAGCUCGGCACAAACUCCACAAACGUCACAUCGCGUUGAAUCCGAUUUAGCUGGGUUUACGAACCCUGCAGCUAGUUCUUCUGGCCAUUCAAAUUCACAUCCUCGUCCCACUUGGGUCAGUACUGACCGAUAUAUGUCAGGUACUAUUCUUAAGAAGCGUCGUAAGAAGCUUCAAGGAUAUGGUCGUAGAUACUUUGUGCUCGAUCGUAAAUACCAGCUUCUCAACUAUUAUCUCCAUGAACGAUCAUCUCUUCUGCGAGGAUCAAUGCCUAUUAAGUUGUGUGAUAUUUCCGCUAUUGAAAGUACCCGUGAAAUAGUCAUUGAUUCUGGUAUGGAAGUAUGGAGUUUGAAAGCCGAGUCUAAUUACGACUGGAAAGCAUGGGUUUCUGAACUUGAUGCUAUCAGUCGAUCUUCUGAUAGCCCCUAUACAACCACCAACACGGCAUCCACUGGGGGAAUGUCGUCGGGUGGGUUAGUACCCACCCAUCUAGCUACUGAUGAAACCACCUGGAACACCAUUACUUCACUUGUGAAAAAACUCGAGUCGUCAAGUGAUCUUGCUCAGGCUUUGGUUCACAGUCCAUCGUCAACAGGUGCUAUACCUCAACUCCAACGUAGACCCUCGUUCUGGAAACGAAAGAGUUCGGUCAAAUCAACUACACCCAGCUCGUCUACUCCAGUUGCUUCGACUGCUGCCACUAGCAGUUCAGAAGACUUAUCAACCACCUUGAACAACAAUAACAACAAUUCCAACCCGUCAUCGCCAGAUCUUGCUCCACAACCCAAUGUCCAGCAGCCAGACCCGCGAAUCCAGGAAUUGUCGACCCAAUUGUCUUCUCUAGUAGCCGAAUUCCAACUUCUACUCGCUAAACAAAACAAUCUUGCCAGUGCUACCAGUGCUGGAAGUACCAGUGCUCCAUUAACUGUUUCAGGUGCUGCUACGCCAUCAAGACGAUCAAUGGAUGUGACUAGUAUUUUCUCUGCUGAUGACCAAUUCUUUGAUGCAUCCGAGACAUUUGGCGGUGGUGUUCACUAUGUCGAUUACAAUGACAGCGACUACGAAGGCGAAGAUGAGAUCUACGACGAUGCUGAUUCUGAAGAAGAGGCGGAAAAAGGUAAUAUCACAGCCGACACCAGCAGCAUUCGUCGCGAUCGCCGAAGCUUGAUUGCUGAAUCGUCUAUAGUUGACGAUGAAGUGUCGCGAGAUUUGUAUCCUCUGCCACUAGAAAAGGUUCCCAGACGACGCGAUAUAAUUGAAGCUAAAUCAAGUCCACCUAGCAUGCUCGGUCUGUUGCGAAAGAAUGUUGGCAAGGAUUUGUCGACUAUCACCAUGCCAGUCUCCUGUAACGAACCAUUGACCAUUCUUCAAAAACUUUCGGAAAUUGUCGAGUACUCUGAACUCCUCGACAGAGCAGCUGCUUCUAUUAAUGAAGAAGAGCGUGCCUUGCUGGUUGCUACAUUUGCUGUGUCAUAUGUUGCAAGUCAGCGAUCCAAGGAACGAGCUUUGCGUAAACCAUUCAACCCUCUACUCGGAGAAACCUUUGAACUCGUACGAGAAGAUAAAGGAUUCAGAUUACUCGCCGAGAAAGUCUCGCACCGACCUCCCAUCAUGGCCAUUCAAGUAGAGUCUGCCGACUGGACCCUGCAAUAUACAGCACAACCACAUCAAAAAUACUGGGGAAAGAGUAUAGAACUGACCGACAGUGGUCCAGUACGUAUUCGAUUCCACAAAAAUGGCGAUGUGUUUGAAUACUUACAACCAUCGACCUUCCUUCGAAACAUCAUUGCCGGUACCAAGUACGUUGAACCUGUAGGCUCAGUCACGGUAGAAUCAUCGCGUGGCGGCACUGCUGUUAUAGAGUACAAAGCAGGGGGUAUGUUUUCAGGCACCUCUGAAGAAGUAUCUAUCAAAGCUUUCGACGCAUCAGGAAACCUGUGGCCAGUGAGCUACGAAGGUAAAUGGACUGACCACAUCACGUCGACUGGCAACGGUAAAGAAAUCAUCUGGAAAGUGGGCAACCUCGUCCCCAAGGCACAAAAGAAGUACGGAUUCACCGAGUUUGCAGCGUCGCUCAACGAAAUCACCAGCAUCGAAGACGGCCACUCGGCACCCACCGACAGCCGACUGCGUCCCGACCAACGAUGCUACGAAGAAGGCGCCAUCGAUAAAGCCGAGACGCUCAAACUCGACCUCGAAGAAAAGCAGCGCCAACGUCGCAAAAUCAUGGAAGAAAAGGGUAUAGAAUGGGAACCCACCUUCUUCGACAAACCGGCCUCGUCCGACCCGCAAUAUUUCACCCUCAAAUCCGGCGACUCCAGCUACUGGUCUCGCCGCAAAGCCCACAACUGGGAGGGUCUCACCAAGCUGUGGUAG